GAGAAUGACCGUUUCGGAGCAACUUCGCAAUGAUUUGGAAGACGCUGCCAACCGCAUGCGUAUUUCCUCGAUCGAGAUGACUUGCGCAAGCAAAAGUGGACAUCCCACGUCUUCUACGUCUGCUGCCGAGAUUAUGUCAACUCUGUUCUUCUCGGAGAUGAAGUACGAUGUCGCAGAGCCAAAAUCAGCAUCUGCCGAUCGUUUUGUUCUCUCCAAGGGACACGCUUGCCCAAUUCUCUACGCUGCGUGGGAAGAGGCCGGUCUUCUGAGCCAUGAGCAAGUGCUCUCUCUCCGCAAAAUCGACUCGGACAUCGAAGGACACCCCACUCCUCGCUUGAACUUCAUCGAUGUUGCUACAGGAUCUCUCGGACAAGGACUUGGAGUUGCCACUGGCAUGGCUUACGUCGGAAAGUACAUUGACAAAGCCAGCUACCGCGUCUUCUGCCUUCUCGGAGAUGGUGAAUCUGCUGAAGGAUCUGUCUGGGAAGCUGCUGCUUUUGCUUCAAUCUACAAGCUCGACAAUCUCGUUGCUAUUGUCGAUGUCAACAGACUGGGACAAAGUCAAGCCACUUCUCUUGGACAUGACGUAGAGACCUACAAAGCUCGCUUUGCCGCUUUCGGAUUCAAUGCCAUUAUUGUCAACGGACACAAUGUUGAUGAGCUCUUGGCCGCAUAUGAGACUGCUCGUUCCACCAAGGGAAAGCCAACCGCCAUCAUCGCCAAGACUUUGAAGGGAAAAGGAAUCGAAGGAAUUGAAAACGAGGACAAUUGGCAUGGAAAGCCAGUCCCAGAGGGAACAGUCAAUGCCAUCAAGGCUAGAUUCCACGGAAGCCAAAAGGGAAAGCUCGUUGCUCAAAAGCCAAUCAAUGACGCCCCUGCUAUUGAUCUCCAUGUUGGAUCCAUCAAAAUGGCUGCCCCAGAAUACAAGAAGGGAGACAAGGUCGCCACAAGAGCCGCUUACGGAACUGCACUUGCUAAGCUUGGAGAUGCUAGUCCACGUGUCAUUGGUCUUGAUGGAGAUACCAAGAACUCUACUUUCUCUGACAAACUUCUUAAGAAGCACCCAGAUCAAUUCAUUGAGUGCUUCAUUGCCGAACAGAAUCUUGUCGGUGUAGCUGUGGGAGCGCAAUGCCGUGACCGCACAAUUCCAUUCACCAGCACAUUCGCUGCAUUCUUCACCCGAGCCACUGAUCAGAUCCGUAUGGCCGCUGUUUCAUUUGCUAAUCUCAAAUGCGUUGGAUCUCACGUCGGAGUCUCAAUUGGAGAAGAUGGACCAAGUCAAAUGGCUCUCGAAGAUCUUGCAAUUUUCCGUACUAUCCCAGGAGCAACUGUUUUCUACCCAACCGACGCCGUGUCUGCUGAAAGAGCAACAGAGUUGGCUGCCAACACAAAAGGAGUUGUUUUCAUUCGUACCGGCCGCCCCGCACUUCCAGUUCUCUACGACAAUGAAGAGCCAUUCCACAUUGGACAAGCCAAGGUUGUGAAGCAGUCAGCCCAAGAUAAAAUUGUUCUUGUCGGAUCGGGAGUCACUUUGUACGAGUCAUUGAAGGCCGCUGAGGAGUUGGAGAAAGAAGGAAUUCACGCCACUGUUAUCGAUCCAUUCACCAUCAAGCCACUGGAUGGAAAGACCAUCGCCGAGCACGCUCUGAAAGUUGGAGGACGAGUUGUUACUACCGAAGACCACUACGCAGCUGGAGGAAUAGGAGAAGCUGUUUCCGCUGCUCUCGCUGAUUAUCCAACGAUUCGUGUCAGAUCAUUGAAUGUCAAGGAAGUUCCACGCUCCGGACCACCAGAUGCUCUCGUGGACAUGUACGGAAUCUCUGCUCGUCACAUCGUUGCCGCCGUCAAGAACUUCCAAUAAUGUAUUUUUAAUGCCUCGUAUUAUAGUAUUAUAUAGCUUUCCUUUAUGUUUACU